CUCAUUCAGCUAACCUGUCAACUUACAGUAAGAUCCACUGAAUGCUCGCAAGAGAAUGUCUGGAAUACUUCAGCUGUUGUUACUGGUCAGCGCGACAGUAGCUUCCGAACCAUCGUGUCCAGCAUGCUCCAAAUACGACUACGAGGAAAAGGUGCUCGAGAGAAUUAUCCGCAUGGAGUUCGCUUUUGAGAAAGUGUUAAAGGAAAACAAGGCUGUGAGCAAAACUGUUGAGCAAGAUCUAACGCGGAUCAAAGAAGAAAACGAACGUUUGCAUGCGACCGUUGAUGCCCUAAAGGAUCAACAUGAGCGAGCAGAACGCAGACUGGUUUCGCUCAUGGGGGAAGUUGAGAGAAACCAGUCCAGCACACUGGAGAGGAUAGUUUCCGAUUCCAACACUACGUUAGAACAAACUAUUGCCGCCUUCAAUGGUAAAAAAGACCAAAUGGCUAUUCCACUGGUAUACUUCCACGCCCACUCUCCACAGACCAGCAGCCUGUCCACAGGUGAGGUGAUCGUGUACAAGAUAGUGGAGACCAACCAGGGUAACGGCUACAGCUCCACCACGGGCAAAUUCACCGCUCCAGUACGGGGACUCUACUUGUUCCUCAUGCACACAUGCACUCCUUCAAACAAUUACGCUUUUCUCCAGAUAGUUAAGGAAGGCUCAGUCCUCAUUGCAACUGCACACUUUGACAAAGACUAUCUUACCUGUUCUAGUAGUCAGGCGAUUAUACAGCUUAAAGCCGGGGAAACUGUCUGGGUACAAUCCUCCGAUGGGGGCUCGAACAGACGACUGUAUGAGGAUCAUCCUUACCGCUGGACCAGUUUUGGUGGUGUUCUCAUACACAACUGACCAGCUUAGGUCAUUGUUUAUAAAAAGAACAAAGGCAAAGAACACACAAUUUAAAUUGUGCAAUGAUUGAUUACCUUUUUUACAAACAAAGUAUUGUCAUAACGUGUUAUUAUAUCCUUAUUAAAAACUUGUGAACCCCGUCUGUAUGCUGUGUUAUGUUAUUUGAAAAAUUGUUAAAUAUUGCCUGUGUACGUGUUUCCUUUACGAAAGAAAUGUCAUGCAGGUCAUCAGAAAAGCGUCCUAUUAUUUUAGACCUUAGUAUUUAUUCAUUUUUAUUAUUCGGUUUCCAUUUCAUUUGAAUAUACAGCUAUCUGUCGACUGUCCAAAUAUGAAAUGGCUUGCGUAACGUCAUGUUACGUACUUUCGUGUAUUGUAAGUCAAGGGAAGUUAAUCCA